CUGUUGAACCGAGAGGGGCCCUAGGAGGGAUACUUGCGCCCUCUCCUUGGUUCGUCCUUCCCCAUUUUUUCCUGGUUGUCCCAGGACCUAAAGACCUGGUGCAUCCUUUUAUCGUAUUUUCCAGUUUCAAAAAAAUAAUGCUCAUUUGCGCGCUGCCCCCAUCCCCAGGACGCACACUUAGGUGAAUCUGCUCCCCUCAGGUUCCAACUUUCUAGAGAACCUCUUUAGACUACAGUACCCUAUCCAGUUCUCAGCUGUUCCCAGAAGAUGCGCCCCCCACCCCGGCCGGGGGGUCCUCACGUACCCCACUGCUAGACGGCCUUCGAAGGCUCACACCUCUUCUUCCACAGCCCAUUCUCUAGCUGGUUUCACCGACGUGGCAGCAGGAAAACUCAUCCCCAACACUUUUUUUUUUUUAAGUUCAGACACCCAUUGACUGGGCUCUACUCGGAAAGGGCAGGGGAUGGGGGUGGGGGACUGGUUCCCUCCCCUUGGUACUGUGGCUUUCGCUUUCACUUCCUCGUCGGAGAGUCGACAGAUCUCUGGGGCUAAGUGGUCAUGGCGUUACUGGAUCUGUGCGGGGCUACUCGGGGGCAGCGGCCCGAGUGGGCUGCCCCGGAUGCGGGAAGCGAGUGUCGCUCGGACCCGGGACACUACAGUUUCUCUGUGCAAGCUCCGGAGCUCGCACUUCCCAGGGGAAUGCAGCCCACUGCGUUCCUGAGGUCCUUUGGUAGCGACCAGGAAAGGAAUGUUCAAAUUGAGAUGGCCCACGGCACAACCACACUAGCCUUCAAGUUCCAGCAUGGCGUCAUCGUGGCUGUGGACUCCAGAGCCACUGCAGGGAGUUAUAUUGCCACCUUAAGGGUGAACAAGGUGAUCGAGAUUAACCCUUACCUGCUUGGCACCAUGUCCGGUUGUGCGGCCGACUGUCAGUACUGGGAGAGGCUCUUGGCUAAGGAAUGCAGGCUGUACUAUCUGCGGAAUGGGGAACGCAUCUCCGUGUCUGCAGCCUCCAAGCUGCUAUCCAACAUGAUGCUGCAGUACCGGGGUAUGGGCCUCUCCAUGGGCAGCAUGAUCUGUGGCUGGGAUAAGAAGGGACCAGGACUUUACUACGUAGAUGACAGAGGGACUCGGCAUUCGGGACAGAUGUUUUCCACUGGCAGUGGGAACACGUACGCCUACGGGGUGAUGGACAGUGGUUACCGGCAGGACCUCAGUCCUGAAGAGGCCUACGACCUGGCCCGCAGAGCUAUUGUUUAUGCUACUCACAGAGACAACUAUUCUGGAGGAGUUGUCAACAUGUACCACAUGAAGGAAGACGGUUGGGUAAAAGUGGAGAGUUCCGAUGUCAGUGAUCUGCUGCACAAAUACCGAGAGACCGUUCAGUGAUGGCUGCCGGGCAGGCCUCCCCAGGCACUGGCGGCACUGGCUGGCAGACUCAGGGACCUGGGUCUACUUUGGUCUUAGAAGAAAGAAGGGCCCAACCUGGGCUGGAGAGAAAGCUCUGAGGCUAUUGGAGACAGCCAUGUUUACCCUCUCACUCAGCACCAUAUUCACGGAUACCUUCUAAGUACAAUAAAAGAAAACGAUUACACACA